UCUAUCUCUCUCUUAUCAUCAUCAUCAUCAUCAUCAUCUUCUUCCUUAUAUAAUAAACACCAAAAACACACACUCUGCUACGAUCGAUACGAGCAAGAAGAUUACUUCAGUUGUCUCUGCCCCUUUUGCUGUCUGUUAACUAGUUUUCGGGAGCACAAACAGAAAAAAAAAAAAAAAAACUAAGGAAAUGAUCAACAACACAUCUGAAAGAAUGACGGGGUUAGAAGAACCAAUCCUCUCCAGGCUCAAUCGACUUGAUAACAUCCUGAAACAAUUGGAGGACAUCCGGAGUGCUGGCCACUCUCCCAAGAGUUCAUACGCAUCCACCACCUCAAGUGGAACCCUCACAAGCGACGGCCACCCCUUCUCAUUGGCUGAUUUCUCGCCCGAGGGCUUCGAGAAGCAUUGUCGCCCUGUUGAUGAGGUGAUCAUGGAGGUCGAGCGGAAAGGGACGUUGAUUGAAAGACUCGUUCACGCAGAGGAUCGUAUCUUGAAGCUGUGUCUGCAGUGGGAAGAAGAGUUAGAGGGUGAGAGGAGCAAAGAACACUCAACAGCAUCGGUAGAGAAAUCAUCUCCGAAGAAGGGUCUGAAGCAAUUUGUGAAAUCAUGCGUUAAAGGGAAAGCGAAGAACAAGAAGAACGGUUGACUCCGGAUACGUACUAUGUAAUAUGUUGUGUUGCUAACUCGAUCCUUUCUGUGCUGCUUUUUCCGCGCUUCUCUUGUUUGGUGCAACACUGUCGGGAUGUAUUGACACUUGCCGUGUGAGUGGUGCUCUAUUUGUUUUGGUUUUUGGAAGAGAAGUUUGAUGAAUUUUGUACUGCAAGAGAACCAUUAGUUGCUUUGUUGAUAUGGAGUUGCUCUAGGUUGGCGUCAUGA